CGCCCCCUUCAGCUCCAGGGCUCAGAGCACAACUUCCAGGGCCCAAACUUUCACUAGGCAUCCCUGUCCCAGGGAGACCGGCGUCAUCCCUGUGACAGGGGGCCAUCCUCCCCUCUAGGGGGCACUAAGUGCAUAGCUCAAAGCACCUGGAACCUUCUGCCUUCAGAGGCCGUCACUGGCAUCUGGCCCAGGAGCUCAGAGCUGACCCACAGCAUUGCCUCCCCCUUCUCCCCACCUCACCCCACCCCUGUGGAGUGGGGCAAGGCCUCUACUGCUGAGCCCCAUGACACACCCCUGCUGCAGAGAGCGCGUGAUGCUGGAUGCCACACUGGCCCCUUCCAGAAAGCAGUGGGCCCCCUGGCCACUCCCCCACCUGGGGCAUCCUGGGGUCAGGACUGUGCCUGCCCUCAUUGCCCGGCUGUUUGAGGCAAAAGCCACUUGCUGUCCCUAGGCAGGGCCCUGGGGUCAGGAGCCUGGAGGCAGGUUAGCUGGGCACAUUCCAGGACCGGCUUCCGCGGGCCCGCGGGCCUGCUGCAGAACUGGUCAGGGCUGGUGUUUGCUCUAUGGGGCCCGAGGACAGAGCCAAGUGCCGGUGCUGUGGCCCUGAGCGAAGCUGCUGGGUGGCCGGCCGCAGUCCCACACGGGCCCACUGUGGACCCCUCUCUCUGUGCGGCUCCAUUGUGGACCAGGACACCAGCUGUGCCCUGUCCUGGGGAGGCCAGGACCACACGGAUGGGCAGAUCCUGGGCCAGCUGCGCCCCCUUGCAGAGGAGGAGGAGGAGGAAGAGGGGGCCAGGGCAGCCCCAGACACAGGGCCGGCCUUCCCCGGGAUGGGCUCUGAGGAGCUGAGGCUGGCCUCCUUCUACGACUGGCCGCUGAGUGCUGUGGUGCGGCCAGAGCCACUGGCUGCCGCAGGCUUCUUCCACACUGGGCGGCAAGACCAAGUGAGGUGCUUCUUCUGCCGCGGGGGUCUGCAGAGCUGGGAGCAAGGGGAUGACCCCUGGACAGAGCAUGCCAAGUGGUUCCCCAGGUGUGGGUUCCUGCUCCAGACAAAAGGAAGGGACUUUGUCUGCGGCGUCCAGGAGUCUUGUUACCACCCGCUGGGUUCCUGGGACCAAUCGGAAGAACCCGCAGACUCAGCCCCCACCACCCCUUCAGAUGCCAGGGGCAGGCAGGAGUGGCCUGCAUGGAGCCGGUGCCCGGCAGUGCAGGCUGCCCUCUGCAUGGGCUUCGGGCAGAACCAGGUACGGCGGCUGGUGCAGCGUAAGUACCUCUGGGCGGCGCCCGCCAGCGUAUCCGCGUCCCAGCUGGUGGCCGACCUGCUCCAGGAAGAUGACGGGGGCCGGGCUGCGGAGGCCAGAGGUGCGUGCCCGCCCCUGCCCCAUGCUCUCCCCUGGCAUACAGUUCCCACUGCCCAGGGGCCGGAGGGCCCGUCCUGGUGGCGCGGGCUCUGGGGGGUUCGGGCGGCAUGGGCUCCGCCAGAGCCAGACCUCGCCCGUGGGGCCCCCUGGGUGGGGUCUCACUUCCCCUGGGGGCUUCUAGUCUGUCCCACACCACCCGCAGCUCCUGUCCACGUGGGUCCUGAGCUGCCAACGCCCAGAAGGGAGGCCCAGUCAGAAGGUGCCACAGAGCCAGGAGCCCAGGACGCCCAGGAGCAGCUGCGGCGUCUGCAGGAGGAACGGACCUGCAAGGUCUGCCUGGACCACCCCGUGUGCACCGUCCUUGUGCCCUGCGGCCACCUGGUCUGCGCGGACUGCGCUCCUGUGCUGCGGCUCUGCCCCCUCUGCAGGGCCCCCAUCCGCAGCUGCGUGCGCACCUUCCUACCCUAGGCCAGGUGCUUCAGAUGCUGGCUGCCUCUCGCGUCCCACGGGGGGCUGCUGAGGAUGACUGAGCCGGCGUCCCGAGCUGGCCAGCCGGAGUCCCCACUCGCAGCCCAGGGAGGAAGGGAGCUGCAGACGGCUUGGCAAGGGGAGGGGGCGUGCAGGUGGUUUGACCGAUGCUUAGGCGCUUUUGCAGAUUUACAGUAAAGUGGCGGGUUUUCCCUGGA